AUGCAUGUAUGUAUAUAUACCAAUCACCUCAUUUAACACUUAUCAUAUGAAAUACAUAAUCAGUAUCCACCACACAUAACUACAAUGACUGGUUCAGAUGUUAUACUGCUAGACUUCUGGGUGAGUGCGUUCGGUCUGAGGGUGAGAAUUGCUCUAGCUGAAAAGGGUAUUCACUAUGAAUACAGAGAAGAAAACCUGCAGAAUAAAACCCCACUUCUCCUUGAAAUGAACCCGGUCCACAAAAAGAUCCCGGUUCUCAUCCACCAGGGCAAACCCGUAUGCGAAUCCAACAUCAUUGUUCAGUACAUCGAUGAGGCGUGGCACGACAAGUCUCCGUCAUUGCUGCCUUCUGAUCCUUAUCUUCGAGCUCAGGCCAGGUUCUGGGCUGACUUCGUUGACAAGAAGGUAUAUGAGAGCACGAGGAAGAUAUGGAUGACAGAAGGCGAAGAAGAUCGACAAGUGGCGAAGAAGGAGUUGAUAGAGGUGUUGAAGGUGUUAGAAGGGCAACUUGGGGAAAAGCCGUAUUUGGUCGGGGAAAGCUUCGGGUUAGCGGAUAUCGCACUAAUUCCGUUCAGCAUGUGGUUCCAUACGUUGAACGAGAUUGGGAAGAUGAACAUCGAGAGAGAAUGCCCGAAGCUGGCUGCUUGGGUCAACCGCUGCAUGGAAAGAGAGAGCGUCUCCAAAACUCUUCCUCAUCCUCAUAAGUUUUACGAGUUCAUCCUGGAAAUGCAGAAGAAGAAAGGCCACUGAUUAUACAAUUCAAGGGAAUGUUAAUAAAACUUUAGUACGUAAAAAUGUAAAAUAAGACACUUGGGCGUGUCUUGUAUUCAUAUCGUGUCGGUAUUGAUGUAUAUGUGUUUGGAGUAUUGUAUCCAAUAAGUAUUUAUGAAUAAAUAAGUGUUGUGUAUUGGCACACAACUUGGCUA